CCCUGACGCUGUGAAACUGUACUGAAGCAGUCCUGGUUUUCCAGACGCGCAGUUUGUCAGAGCGCAGCGCACCGCGGAGCGCGCAGCUACGGACGCACCUGAACAGACGGAGUGGAGCGCUGUGACCAUCAGCGAGCUGGAAACGGCUUCUCACCUGUUCCGAGCCCAACACACACGUACACACGCGCGCUUCUCUGUAACAUCUGCCACGUCGCCUCUGAUGAUGAGAGAGGGACAGUCUGACGGAGUCUUUGCGGGUAUGGAGCAAUAUUUCUACCUGUUUGACGUCUCCGGUGGAGCAGAUGAUUGAUUGUUUUUAGCGCUGGUAUUUUUGAUCAUUUAAACGGUGACUUUGAGAAGCCUUGAAACUCCGGUGCGGGCUGUGUGAGCUCAGUGUUUAAUUCUCACUACAAUGUCCCAGACCAUCUGCGUGGAAAACUUAAAGGCAUGCUGCACAUUGAGGGGCGCGUUCGUGCGAGCGGGCUGAAACAGAUGGACACAAGCCCAGCAACACACCGGAGACGUGCUGUGCUGUUGAAUGGGUGACGAGCUCCGAAUCACGUCACGAACCCCGUGAAACCCCUUCCCACCGCAUUGUGCAGGACAGGGUCCCCCCAGGAGAGUUGCAGGGAUGUACCAGGAGGUGGCCUUCCUGGCAGGGAGCACUGACCACCAGUUCACCACAUUCAAAUUUAACCGCGUAGAGAACCCGCAAGAGGUCUCAUCCAAGAAGGGUUUGUUCUAUAAACGUGCCCAACUCCUGCUUCAGCCUCAGUCCCACCAGCAGGAUGGAGGUGAGAUUGGCCUGGCUGAUGGGGCAGCCAUCAUCAAUGUGGGGGGCAUUAAGUACCACAUCCCCUGGUCCACGCUCGAUGAGUUCCCUCUGACACGACUGGGCAAGCUACGCACUUGUAGCAAUGAAGCCGAGAUCAUGGAUGUGUGCGAUGAUUAUGACGGCAGCUGCAAUGAGUAUUUUUUUGACCGAAACCCGUCUGCUUUCCGCAUCAUUGUGACUUUCUUGGCAGCUGGAAAGCUGAGGCUUCUGAGGGAGAUGUGUGCCCUGUCCUUUCAGGAGGAGCUGCUGUACUGGGGGGUGGAGGAGAACAACCUGGACUGGUGCUGCCUCAGGAAGCUGCGAUUAAGGCAGGAGGAGUACAAGGAGCAGCAGAGGCUUGAGGAGGAGGAGGUUGAGCUCAACACGGUACAGUCCUGCGAGGAGAGCCAACAGCCUCUGGGAGGACCUGAAGAGAGCUUUUCAGGAGGCUGCAUGCGGAGGCUUAGGGAUAUGGUGGAGAACCCCCACUCGGGCCUGCCGGGGAAGAUCUUCGCCUGUCUCUCAGUCUUAUUUGUAGCCAUCACUGCUGUGACGCUGUGUGUCAGCACCAUGCCUGACCUCAGAGAGGAGGAAGAGAGAGGCGAGUGCUCCCAGAGAUGCUAUAACAUCUUUGUUCUGGAGACAGUGUGCGUCGCCUGGUUCUCCCUGGAGUUCCUGCUGCGCUUCAUUCAAACUCAGAGCAAGUGUAUGUUUCUGCGUACGCCAUUAAAUGUCAUCGACGUGGUGGCCAUACUUCCUUACUACAUCACCCUCAUCGUGGACUCUUUGUCGGUGGGCGGGAAACCUGCAGGCUCAGGGAACAACUAUCUGGAGAAGGUGGGGUUAGUUCUCAGAGUUCUCCGAGCGCUACGAAUCUUUUACGUCAUGAGGUUGGCCCGCCACUCCUUAGGCUUGCAGACCCUUGGUCUAACGGUGAGGCGGUGCACUCGUGAGUUUGGCCUGCUGCUGCUGUUCCUGUGCGUGGCCAUGGCUCUUUUCUCACCACUCGUGUUCCUAGCAGAGAGCGAAAUGGGCGCCAAGCAGGAAUUCACUAGCAUCCCUGGUAGCUACUGGUGGGCGGUCAUCUCCAUGACCACGGUUGGCUAUGGGGACAUGGUGCCCAGAAGCAUCCCUGGCCAGGUGGUGGCGCUUAGCAGCAUCCUGAGUGGUAUCCUCCUCAUGGCCUUCCCUGUCACAUCCAUCUUUCACACCUUCUCCCGUUCCUAUGUUGAGCUGAAGGAGGAGCAGAGCCGGGCGCUCAGGCAGAAGCCGGACUCGCAGGACAGCACCAAGUCGCAGAACAGCGAGGACUCCCAGGAGACGGACAGCUACCACGGCAUCACAGAGGCCACAGCUUCAGCCAUCCAGCGGAGAAAGUCCAUGGCUGCUCAGAGGGCAGCUGAGAUCAGAGCGUCCAUGAAGACUUAGCCACUCUGUCAGCCUGUCUGUGUUCAAGCGGCAGCCUGGGAGGCCGUGAUACCCAGCACUGGGACUUCAAAUAUGACAAGCUGUGGGACUGCGAACAGGGAUGAGAUUUUCUCUGUUGAGUUUGGGGUUUCCGCUUUGAUCGUGUGAAGUGCUUGUGCACCAGAGUGUGUCUGAAUUUCACGAUUCAUGAUUUUAAAAUAUGGGAAAUGACACAAUAUUCACAAAUUAACAACUAAAAAGAAACAAAGAAGCUGCCUGAGACAGAACUCUCACUGACUGCGAUUCAGAUAAGUCUGUGGAAAGAAAAUCUGAUACCAAAACACGUGUGUUGUUGUUCAGACCUCAGAUCAAUAGUUCAUGUUCCUCAUGUAGCUGCGUUGAGUGGAUUGU